AUGAUGAGGCCAUCUAGACGCGCAUUCCUGGCUGCCGCGGCAUCGGCGGUGUUGGGCGCCUCUGUCGUCGUAGCACAGGGACUAGAAGAGGUCCUCGGGAAGCAGGCAAAUCUGACGACCUUCCGCGGCCUAGUCAAGAUCCUUGCCCCUAGUGACUCGGCAUAUCUAAAAGGGCAGGGCUGGGACUUGAACAGGGACGACAUCCCAUUCGCGUUGCAGUACAGCGUCCUCAACGGCAAGGUCUCUUUCGAUGCUCUGCUGCCUGGCAACUCGACGAUCCAAUCGACCCUUCUCACGGACACGCGCUUUUCCAACGUCACAGAUGGCCAGCAGGUUUUGGUCACCAAGCAGCCCAACGGCGACGUCGUCGUGACAUCGGGUGUGGCGUCGCGCACCACCGCGCUAAAGACCGACAUUCCCUUUGAUGGCGGUCUCAUCCAGGUCAUCGACAGUUUGAUGGUCGCGCCCGCCCGCCUCGAGACGACCGCCCGUGACGCAUACAAGGAGUUUACGUCCUUCCUCGGUGCCCUCUACACGGCCGACCUCGUCACCGAGUUCGCCGAGACGAAAAACGUCACCAUCUUCGCCCCAAGAAAUGCCGCCUUCCAGCAAGUCGCUGCCGCACUGUCAGGGAUGAGCAAGGAGGCUCUCCGCCGCGUGCUGCAAUACCAUCUAGUGCCCUCGGUCGUGGCGCAGGCUUCGUCCUUGGCCAACCAGACCAAGCUCGGCACCGCGGUUGACGGGAAGAGCAUCGACAUCACGCUCUACAACAACGACAUCUUUGUCGAUUCGGCACGCAUCAUCCAAACCAACAUCCUCGUUGCCAACGGUGUGAUUCAGAUGAUUGACGCCGUGCUCAACGUCGAUGCGCAGAACGUCGUGCCCAACGUGACGGCCGUCUCGCAGGUGCCUGUUUUCACGAUCACGGGUACGGCGGAGACGGGGAGCGCCGCCCCGACACCGUUCGUCUCCGCACUGCCAUGCACGGCGAGCUGCCCAGUGACCGGCGGCGGGAGUGGUGACGUUGGGGCCGGCAGAACGGCAACUGGUGGUGUGGCACAGAGUUCCAGCACGGGAGGCGCUGCCGCGGCGCGGUGCACCGGUGGCUUGGUAGGUGCCGCCGCGGGAGCGGGAUUGAGUUUCGCCAUGGGGGUGAUGGGACUGGAGGGCUUGGGUGUCAUCGUCUGA